AUGGGGCAUUCGACCGAACCUAUCCACAUUGCAGGUCUUCCCUCACACCGUCAUCUCCACAGUGAAGAUCCACUAGCCCUCAUCUUCCCUCACUCAGGGCCUUCAGCGCUCUCCUUCCCGGUUCUUGCUCUUUCUCUUCCUCAUCGGUUCUUUCCCUUCCUUCAUCCUCCCUCCAACCCUCCCAGGCUGCUCGCCUGUGGCUUCUCUUCUCUUCCUUCUCCUUCCCCUCCCGAUCCCUGCUUUAACCUAGCUGUUCAUUCCACCCGGGUUUGUUCAGCUUUGGGUCCCGCUCCUUCGGCCGACACGUUCCUUUACACACCACGAUAUUCAUCUACUGGGACCAGCAGAGCUCCUCGGAACAAAGAGCCUUGGUUAUUAAGAUACGAGUCGCGCAAAGCCCUCGGCGAAACCGAAGAUCGGCACGAGACUCGGACCAGCAGUAUCUGUCCUGGUUGA